AAAUGAUGAAACAAGUGGAAUACGCCGGCAUUUGCUGUCGUAAUAUUUUCUCACUGGAAGUCUGUCAUGACCGGUUCCAUUUGAUCAUAAAUUUUCGGCUACCACGCUACGAUGCGCAUGUUUCACGGCUCGAUAUUGAUCUGUGUUGUUUACUGAAAAGUAGCAUCUGUAAAUAUCUGUUUAGGAAAAAAAGAUAGAAACCGCAUACGUAAAGAACAUCAUCGCAAAAUUCUGUUUAAUACUUACCAGCCUAUUUCCAACGACGUGUCUUCCAGCACGGAGUGAAUUAAAUCGUCUCCAAUUCAGACGUACCAAACCUUGUGUCAAUGCAGACAUGGAGAUUGUCCCUUCUGUGCGAUUAAAGUUGAACCCCGACAGCAAUCUGCAAGAUAUUCCUCAUCUUGACAUCGGCGGACCGUUAUGCGAUUUAAGGGUUCGUGGUACUGAGCAGCAGGAAGGCAUUGCUUGUCACCGUCAUGUCGUUAGUUCUCAAAUUGGUUAUUUUCGUUUACUGUUCGCCUCGGGAAUGAAAGAAUCCCGGCAGGAAGAUAUUUGGUUGCGAAAUAUUCCCAACGACAACUUGCAAGCAUUAAUCAAUUACGCCUAUGGACUGGAAAUCAUCAUCGACAACGAUAACGUUCAGUCUCUGUUGGAUGCUGCCAUAUUUUUAGAUGUUCCUGCAGUGGCCGAUGCAUGUUGGGCAUUUGUGGAGAGCCAGCUGAACGAAACAAAUUGCUUAAUGGUCUACUGUUUGGCGGAAUGCGAUACUCGAACACGUCCCCGGCUGGAAAAGAAGGCCAAAGCAAUGGUUUUCAGACACUUUUCCGAAAUUUCCCAGGGUCAGGAUUUUCUGGAGUUGGACAAAGAUAAGUUGUCUCAGAUUUUGCGAUCGGACCUUCUGUCUGUGGAGCACGAGGAUGAAGUAUAUCGGGCGGUUGUGAGAUGGACUGACCAUGACCCCGGCAGUCGAAAAUUGGAAGUUCCCGAUCUCUUAAAGCACAUCCGUUAUUUAUUCCUUAGCCCUUCUAUUCUUCCCGUUUUUUUGGGUUUAUCUAAUGCUGUAACACCCAAAAGGGAUGAACACGAUGCUGAGAAAGCAAAUUCUCUUAGCGAUUUGCCGAAAUCUUUAGCGGAAAGCAUUUUUGGCUCUACUUGCCGGCCACGCCGAUCAUACGGAUUUGACAAUGUAACUGUUUGCGUCGGUGGCAAAAAUCGUGGAUACAGAUUAGAUUGUGUAGAUUGUUUUAACCCGUUAACUUCAUCUUGGUCGAAAAUGAGCAGUCUACCGGACACAGUCAACGGCAUCGGCAUGGCAGUAAUGGAAGACGACACCUUAUUGGUUUGCGGCGGUUUCAAUGUAGUGCAGGAUGGAAUUAGUUUAGUUACGAAACGAGCACUUCGCUAUGAUUUCUCUACUAAUAACUGGAACGACAUUCCGGAAUUACAGACUGCGCGCGGUACACCAUGCGCUGCAGCGAUUGGCGGGCGUGUGUACGUGGUGGGCGGUUGCGGCAGCCAUAAUGCGCAAUGGACAGACUAUGUGCCAAUGCAGACCGUUGAAUGCUACGAUCCAAUGACGAAUUGCUGGACAUAUGUCGCCCCGCUCCCGAUACCAUUGGACAAUUUUGCUAUGGUGGCAUACGAUGAUCGUCUCUACACAUUUGGCGGAUACAAUGCGGACGGUGUUCUGGAUGCUGUGUUGUGCUAUGAUCCCUCACUGGACAAGUGGACCGAAUUAGCCAAAUUACCCACGGCGCGCCACUGGUGUUCGGCAUCCGUUGGAUCGAGCGGGCUGAUCUAUGUUAUUGGUGGAGUGAGUGGUGCGAUGCCUGAUAUGGACACAGAAAGCUUAAGCUGCGUCGAGGCGUACGACCCUGUUGCGAAUCAGUGGCACAAAAAAGACGACAUGCAUAUACCACGAUACAACGCCGGGAUAGCUUGUCUAAACGACAAGAUCUACGUCCUAGGUGGCGUGAGCCAACAAUAUGGAAGUGCCAUUGAAAUGUACGAUGAAGCCACCGGCACUUGGGCUAUCUACGACAGCCAGUUACCGAGUGCCAGGGAGGCGUUCGGGUGUGCAGUGAUCGGUAUCCCUAAAGGUUAACCGUUAUCAGCGAUGGAGAAGAGCCGGAAUGUUUUGCACGAGCAGCUCUGUGAAUCAAUCUUUUGUACGUAUCGGUUUUUGUGACCUGACGAAGUGAGAUGCCGGGGAUACGUUCGGAAGUGCAACCGAUCGGCAUUGUGAAAGGUAUUCACAAACAGCUCUACAGACCGAUUGUGCGAAAUGUACUUAAGCCGUAAAUUCGCUUUUCUUGUAAACUAGCUUUAAAAACUAAAAUUGACAAAUAUUUAUGUACUAGUUCACCUAAUUAUACAUGUAUUAUAUUAUAUCCCUUUAGUUUUUAGUACUUACUAGUACGUACGAAUACCCGUAAUACGCUGUACUCUCGAACAUGAAUAAACUACUCUAA